AUGGCGAGUCGAGCGUUGCUGGCGGGCGAGCUGGUCUACCGGGACUUCCGGGAUGCGGACGAUGAGGGGUGCAAGGCCUUGGAGAUGCGAGCCAUGCAAGGUAGUCGCUUUCCUUGGCUUCAAUCAUUUACGCGCAUUUUCCUCCGUGGCGGCUUUGAGCACUUUGUCACCUUUGACGCAAAGCCAAAGCAGUACGAGGACUGGGUCAUUCGAGUGGCUGAAGACGGAUCCAGCGGCGGCCGCAUCAUCGGAGUGGGAUGCGCGGCAAUCAAGACGGCACGCGUGCACUCCAAGAUGUGCAAAGUCGCGUACGUCUUCGACCUGCGAGUGGAUGAAGACUACCAGGGCUUCGGAGUUGGAAAAGCCUUGACAGAGCAGAUCGAGGAGGCCUGUGCAGCCAAAGGUGCGCACUUCCUGUAUUUGACCGUCAACUCUGACAAUACGAAGGCCAAAUCGCUGUACAGCAAGCGGGGCUUCGUGGUGGCAUCUCAGCGGCACCCGGCCCUGGUGCUGCUGGCCUUCCCAGAGCCAGAGGAUGGCGAGGUCCUGGUGGAGCAGCUUCCGAAGGACAAGGCUGACAAGCUGACCAAGAGCUUUUACUCUGCAGCGGACCUGCUCCUGGAUGACCUCGGGCAGCUCUUCAACUCUCCGCUCUAUGAGGGGACCUUCGUGGCACGGCGGGGUGACUCUGUGGCUGGCGUGAGUGCCUGGAAUGGCAGCUAUUUGACUGGCUUCAAAAUUGAGCGGUUUCUGGUGCCAGUGGGGUGGUGGAAGAGCCCUUGGCUUCAGCUUCUCAUCCUGUUGGCGGGCGCUUGGGGAGGCUGGAAGUGGGCCACCGCCAUGCAGGCAGCUGGCAUGUCUGCGCUGCAAACGCACCGCGCUGCGCAGAUUGCCGCUUUUCUUGCCAUGUUUGCAAUCACCGCCGUCGGCACCUGCUGCCUUUGGAAAGCUUGGCCUGUCCUCAGCUUCAUGGGGAGCAAGAUUACUUCAAACGACUCAAAGAUGAGGCAUAGGCUCUUUGGGCCUUUUGCGUUUGGUCCGAAAGAAGAUCAAGAAGAGCUGCUGCGGGUUGUGCAGAGCAGGCCUCACCUUGCAGCGCGUGGCAUCUUCCAGCGCCAGACCGGCGGCAAAGUGAAAGCCCGAGAAGGGCCCAAGGCCAUGGAAAAUCGCAGCGCGGAUCGGUUCAGCGGGGCCAAAGGUACCGCUACGCCUGACUGGUGGAGGCAGGAAAAGUCCAAGCUCCUGGACAAAAAGGAGCGGGAAAAGCGAGAAAAGGCCAUGGAGGAGGAAAUGAAACAAAUUGAAGCGAAGGAGGUCCAGAAGAAGGAGGAGAGGAAGCGCAAAGCGCUGUGGGAGGCAGAGAGAAGAAAGGUCCAAGAAGCAUUCGAAAGGAGGAAGCGGGAGGCGGAACAGCUGCAGCUCAGAGAAGAGGAGGAGUGGCGGCAACAGCUUAGAGAACGAAGAGAAAAGGAGGCCAAGGAAGAGGAGGAGCGGGAACGUGAAAGGGAAGCCAAGAGGGAAAAGAAGCGCCUGGAAAAAGAGAAGAAGAGGAAGUUGGAAGAGGUGGAGGAUGCAAAGAAGAAGCAAUCAAGGGAAGUAGAGGACAAGAAGAAGAGGGAAGUAGAUGACAAGGAGAAGGCCAAGCGGGAAGCCUUAGAAGCCCAAAAGGCUGCCGCGGAGUCCGCAAGGCUGCAGGCCGAGAUCAUGCGGCAGCUUCCGGGGCCGAAUCUCAUGGCAGCCUGGCAGCAGCAGAGCCUGGCCAUGGCCCAAGCCCAGGUGGCCCAGGUGGCCCAGGUGGCCCAAGUGGCCCAGGCCCAGGCUCAGGCUGCGGCGGCGGCAGGCUUCGGGUGCCAAGGUUGUCAGGGCUGCGGCUGCGACGGAUGUUUCGGUUGCAAUGGCUGUGCUAUGGGCGCCAUGCCCUGGGGAGCACAGGGUGCAUCUUUUGGUGAACCCGGUGCAUCCUUCGGCGCAGGCAUGCCAUCUUGGCCACAGUGA